GUUUGUGGGAGGAGGCGGAGAUCCAACAUAUCAGAUCGCCUCCAGGAGCUGACCUUGGGACAAAAACUUCGUUUGGCACAGAGAGAAGUAGCAGAGACACGACAGGACCAGGAUGAACUCAAACAAAGAUAUGAGAGAAUUCAGGACAACUACAAGGCCUCCCUGCAAGAAGCAGAAUUUCGUCUUGCAGAAAUCAGAAAGGCUAAAAACGAGUUUGAACGAAGAUUUCUCAAACCUAUGAAGGACAAUAGGUUGGACAUGAAGGAGCCAGAGAAGUUGCUCCAGUACAUCAAAGACAAGUCAAUGGCCACCAAAUUGGAGAAUUAUAAUCUGAAAAACCAGGCACUGAAGGCCCACAUGAAGAAGCUCCAGCAGCAGCUUCACCAGAAAAAAGAGAUGGGAAAAGCAGAGCACGAGGAUAUUUUCCAGGAGUACAGCGAGCAGAGAAUUGACAAAAACCUGGAGGAACUUCAAGUCCACAAUUUGAAAGUUCAACGUGUCCUCAGUUCACAGAAGGAGAAGCUGCAGUGUGUGACGCAAGAGUCCAAGGAGCUGAGCAACGAAAUCUCCAACAGGAAGCAGAUGCUGGCAAAAAUCGAGGAGGAGAUACAGCGUGCUGAGGAGGAGCAUUUAAAGGCAGAGGCCCUCAACCAACAUCUGCGCCGUCAAAUUACAAAUUAUCAGGCUCCUGAUGUUACUGAGUACAUGUGUGCCAAGGACAAACACAAGAAGCUGCAGCAGAGCAUUCACAUUUGGGAGCGGAAGGUCGGGAUCACUGCGAUGGCCUUGAAGACCCACACUAAAGUCUGGAGCAAACAUAGAGCCACUCUUGCCCCUGCACGCAGAGCUGAGGCUGGAACACGAUCUGGAGAGCAUCAAGUCCCAGUAAAACUCCCAUACAUAGCAGACCACAGCAGAUAGAGAGACAGAAUCAAAAAGCCUACUGAAUUUAGAAAAAAACAACAACCAAAAACAAUAAUGUGCAGUGGAAAGGAAACUUAAACUACGAUUGCAAAUGCCCAGUUUCACAGUCAGUGCUGUUACACGCACAUGAACAACCUGUUUCUGAGGCUUACCACAGUUAUAUGUUCUCAGAUACGUUUACAUGAGCACAGACAAAUCAUGUUAUUCAUAUUCUGCAUAUACAUGCCAGUUCUUUCAGAUCACACCAGAUAGCAUAUUUG